AUGUAUAUACACUCUCAUCCAUGGUACAACAGGAGGGUUACGAGACCCUCCACUACCCUCCUACACCCCCUAAGAUACGGGGGCUACCACACUCCACGAUGUGAUACUGUCUGCUUUUCAGAACGAACUGCGCCCAUCCAUUUUGCCAUACCAGCACACACGCCUGCGAAAUGGAAGUGCCGAUGGUUACCCGAUAAAAUUCUCAUCGCCAACAGAGGAGAGAUUGCCUGCCGUGUGAUGCGGUCGUGUCAGGCUCUGGGGAUUAAGACGGUGGCAGUGUACUCUGAUGUAGAUGCCAGUUCGGUACACGUGCAGAUGGCUGAUGAGGCUGUACUAGUGGGCCCAGCAAACUCUGCCGAUUCGUACCUGAAUAUUGAUAAUGUGAUGGCAGCGAUUAAGAAAACGGGCGCGCAAGCGGUUCAUCCCGGAUACGGGUUUCUCAGUGAGAACUUUCACUUUGCACAACGCCUGAAGGAGGCCGGUGUGACAUUCAUCGCACCCAAUGUGGAAGCUAUCGAGGCCAUGGGUGACAAGAUCGAGUCCAAGGUCAUAGCUAAGAAUGCUGGGGUCAACACCAUCCCUGGAUACGAUGGUGAGAUAGAGGAUGUGGAAACGGCCGUCAAGGUGGCCAAUGACAUCGGAUACCCUGUGAUGGUAAAGGCCAGUGCCGGUGGCGGUGGUAAGGGUAUGCGAGUGGCCUGGAAUGACGAGGAGUGCCGCGAGUCCUUCACGCUGUCUAAGUCCGAGGCCCUGUCGUCGUUCGGAGACGACCGUAUGUUGGUGGAGAAGUACAUCGACAACCCACGGCACAUUGAGAUCCAGGUGCUGGGUGAUGCCCAUGGCAACUACAUCUACUUGGCUGAGCGUGAAUGCUCUAUCCAGAGACGUAACCAGAAAGUAAUUGAGGAGGCCCCCUCCCUGUUCAUAGACGAGUCCGGUGACAUCAACACCAAGUUCAUCGAGCAGGUCUACCCCGACGGGUUCAAAACCACGGAACUCUCCGCCCACGAGAUCAAGUCUCUCAUGGCUGUGGCCGCCAUGAUGAACGAUCGCAUCUACCAAAGGUCCUACGAGUACUUGGGCACCAACGAGUCGGCCAACCCCAACGCACCCGCCCACACACACACGGCCAAGCACCCCAAGAAGUACAUGGUGCUGCUGGGCGAGGAGGAGCUGCCGGCCGAGGUGACGUACGGCACCGGAAGUGACUGUACCGUGCGCGUGGGUGAAGAGACCAUCACGCUUAGUGGCGAGUGGAGAGUUCACGCACCUCUGAUGGAGGCGAAAAUCAACGGCAAGCCCAUCACCGUCCAGCACUUGGGCUCUGACUCAUACAUGAUGCAGCUUGGAUUCAAGGGUUCUAUCUACCCCGUACGCAUCUUGACCGAGACCCAGCGGGCGCUGUACACACAUAUGCCUGAGCCAGUGGAGCUAGACACAUCACUGAUGGUGGUGUCGCCCAUGCCUGGGCAGAUUGUGGCCAUGAACGUGAAGGUCGGAGACACGGUCGGUGAGGGUACGGUUGUCGCCGUAGUAGAAGCCAUGAAGAUGCAGAAUUCUUUGCGAGCCGGCUGCUCAGGCAAGAUUAUCUCUAUCAACGCACAACCGGGAGAAAACGUUUCAGCAGAUGACAUCAUCAUUGAGUUUGAGAAGGCACCCGACGCAGCCAUCUAAGAGCGUACGGUUUUAGUGCUCACGCGUACAUAGUUAGUUCCGAUUAAAUGUAAUAAGUUUAACUUGAACCUUCGGCAA